UUUAACCAGAUGUCUACUUAACAUUGGAAGCUUACUUACUAUAGUCAUACAAUAAUCUACUCGUGCAAAAACCUGUGCAAAAGUGAAUUAUGUUAAGUGCCUGACAGUGAUACCGCUAUUUCAUGUGUUCAAAGUUUGUGUACAAUUACACUGACUAAAAAAUUAAAAAAAAAAACAUCAAUGAAAAUAUGGGAGUGUACUGUAUGAUCCUUAUUUACUUUGCAACUAUAAGUGGAGAAUUUGUGUGCAGUAACCCAAGUGGAUCCCAAGAAGCUAGAAUACAUGAUACUCUCGAAACAUAUAGACGCCAAUCUACACAAUGCAAGAGUGACCAAUUUCAUUGUGAUUCAAACGAUUGUAUAAGUAAAGAAAAGGUGUGUGAUGGUAAAGCUGAUUGUCCAAACUCUGAUGAUGAAAAACUGAAAGAAUGUGCGGAAGUUACAAAGGAGCCACCACCAGGCGCUUGUUUAAUCCCUAAUCAUCCGAACAAUGGAGAGUACAGACUUGGCCUGGGAAAUUCGACACCUGGAGAAUAUGCCCCAAUGUACAAAGUUUUAGUCUUGCAAUGUGAAGAACCUCAAUAUAAGCCGUAUCCUCCUGCGCUUGGUGUAGGAGCAGAUCUACCAUUGUGCAUAGACGGCAAAUGGUCCCCGACCCCACCUACAUGUGCACCGGCAUGCAAACCGUUACAGUCCACAACAACAACAAAAGUUACAUGUAAACAUGGUGACAAAAUUUUGGAUAAUUGUGAUAAUCCUGUCCACAAUACUGUUGCGGUCUUCGAAUGUGAACCGUUUCAUGAAAUGCCAGAACUCUCUCUGAAUCCAGAUAUUCUUUGUUUAAAUGGAAGUUGGGAUUACCCUGUUCCACAGUGCCUUCCAGUGUGUGGUCACAAACGCCCCAAAAACGUACCGCACCUGGUUGGAGAUGUAACUGAAAAAAAAUCGGAUUAUCCAUGGCAUGUCGCUGUAUUCAACGCUACCAAUGAUAACAUAUGUGGAGGUUCAAUAAUUAGCCAACGACUAGUGCUCUCAGCUGCCCAUUGCUUUACAGAUCAAGAUGGAAAACUAUACCCUUUUGAAGAUUAUAAGAUAGUAGCAGGCAAAUACUAUCGUAACUAUGACGACCCUAGAGAUCAUGGAGCUCAAGAGUCUGCUAUAGAACACAUUUACAUUGCACCAAAAUAUAAAGCAAUGUACAACUAUUACGAGGCGGAUCUUGCCAUCAUUGUUUUAAAAGAACGCUUGAAAGUUACUGGUGACGUACAACCUGUGUGUAUUGAUUGGAGGAACCAAUUUGAACAGCAGCAACUCGUAGAAAAUAAUGUAGGAAUCGUUGUCGGCUGGGGUCAAACAGUCCUUGGUAGUGAGCCCUCCAUGGAACUAAAAGCAUUGCAAGUGCUCUACAAGCCGUACUCGGAUUGUUAUGAUCAAGUUCCACCUGAGUUUAGAAAAUUUUUAACUUUCGACAAAAUAUGUGCCGCUUAUUUAUCUGCAAAACAACCAGUUUGCCUUGGUGACAACGGAGGUGGAUUGACUUUUCAAAGGAAUCAAAACCGAUUUUAUCUUAGAGGCCUUGUAAGCACAUCUCCAUCAUCAACAGAAACUGGAACAGUAACCUGUGAUGAAAAUCAAUAUCCUACAUACACAUUGAUAUCUAAAUAUAUAGAAUACAUAAGAAGAAUUGAAAUUCAAUAUAGAUCGUAAAUUGCAUGCGUCAAUUUUAUAUUUUUACAAAUAAAAAUUAAAAUAAAGUAAA